UUAUAUUAACCACAGUCCACAGUCACUCCAAUAUAAAAUUAAUUGGCAGGUUGUCUUCAAUAUUCACUGAUUUAUCUAAUGUUUCUGCCAUAAAUCAGCAGAAAGAAGCCUGUAUUGAGACCAAGCUUUAGGAUUUCUCUCUUGUCACCCUAAAACCACACAAGCUCUCUCAAAUCUCCACAUAACUCAUUCUGCUCAGAAAGGGGUUCCACCCCCCUCCCUGUCCUCCUCCUAUGUCAAAGAUACAAUACAAUUGUACUGUAAUUAUGUAAUACAGUUAUGUAACUAUUGUAUCUUCCAUUAAUCAGAAACAUUAAGUCCUGAAUAUGAUAUCCUUGAGACAAAGUCAUGCAAAAAUGGAAAAUAAUGGCUUUUUAUUUGCAUGCGGACGUGCCUAUAGCUGGAAUUUAGAGUAAUGUGUCAAUAUCAGCUUUAACAUUUACAUUAACAAUAACCCCAUUAUCUGACGAGCGCCAUGGAUUGUAACAUUUAGUUUGAAAGUGUGAUAUCAUUUAAGUGUAGGGAAACAGCUCCUGUGUUGAUAAGAGUACUGGCCUCUGGUUUAAAGGUAUAUAAGGAGCAUCCAGCCCUCAGUUUAAUGUACAAAGCUGAAGAUGGGUAAGCUACUGAUCUGGACUGGCCUGGCCUUCCUGCUGCAUCUGCAGCUAGGAUCCUCCUACAUCCUUUCAUGUUACUUCACCAACUGGGCCCAGUACAGACCAGGAGCUGGGAAGUACUUCCCCACCAACAUCGACCCAUGUCUGUGUGAUCACCUGAUCUAUGCCUUCGCUGGAAUGAGUAACAACCAGAUCAAGACUUAUGAGUGGGACGAUGUCAAACUCUACUCGCAGUUCAACGGCCUCAAGAACCAGAAUGGAAACCUGAAGACCCUCUUGGCUAUUGGUGGCUGGAACUUUGGAACUGCUCAGUUCUCUGCUAUGGUGGCCAGCUCUGGCACCCGUCAGAUUUUCAUCCAGUCUGUGAUCAAGUUCCUGAGGCAGUACGAGUUUGACGGGCUGGAUAUUGACUGGGAAUACCCCGGCUCCAGAGGCAGCCCCUCCCAGGACAAGCAGCUCUUCACCACCCUGGUCCAGGAAAUGCAGGCUGCCUUUGAGGCUGAAGCCAAGCAAAGCAACCGCCCUCGUCUCAUGGUGACCGCCGCUGUCUCAGCCGCCAAGGGAACCAUCGACUCUGGAUACCAGGUCGCCCAGGUCUCCCAGUACCUGGAUUAUCUCCACGUGAUGACCUACGACUUCCAUGGAACCUGGGAGCAGCAGACUGGUGAGAACAGCCCUCUGUACAAGGGACCUGCCGACCAGGGCGCCAUGACCGACUUCAACGUGAACUACGCCAUGAACUACUGGAAGAGCAGUGGUGCCCCUGCAGAGAAACUGCUGGUCGGCUUCCCCACCUACGGACACACCUGGACCCUGGCAAACCCCUCCAACAAUGGUGUGGGAGCCCCAACUGCUGGCGCCGGCCCUGCUGGACCCUUCACCAGACAGGCAGGCUUCUGGGCCUACUAUGAGAUCUGCACCUUCAUCAGUCAGGGAGCCACUCAGGCCUGGGAUGCCCCCCAGGAUGUCCCCUAUGCCUACAAAGACAACCUGUGGGUCGGCUAUGACAACGAGAAGAGCUUUAACAUCAAGGUUCAGUGGCUGAAGCAGAACAACUUUGGAGGCGCCAUGGUCUGGACUAUCGAUCUGGAUGACUUCAGCGGCACCUUCUGUAACCAAGGCAAAUACCCCCUGAUCAACACUCUGAAGACUGCACUGGGAACAGGCAGCACAGGCUGCACCGCCCCAGCAAACCCCCUGCCCCCCGUGACUCAGGCCCCAGCCCAGCCCAACCCUCCCUCCGGUGGAGGCAGUAGUGGAGGCAGCAGCAGUGGAGGGAGUGGCUUCUGUGCUGGCAAAGCCAAUGGCCUGUACCCUGAUGCAUCCAACAAGAACCACUUCUGGGACUGCGUGAACGGAGAGACCUACAACCAGCACUGUGGGGCUGGCCUGGUCUUCGACACCAGCUGCUCCUGCUGCAACUGGGCUUGAGCACAGACAGCACCCCCUCCCUCCAACACUGAUUACGAUUUAUCAAAAGCGCAUGUGUAAUCAUAAAUCGAAACACCCAAUCAAGA